CGAAUAACUAGCCUAUGUACGUUGCAUAUUUAACAUUCAGCCAAAAACGGCAUGCAUAAAUGUUUACUUGUCACCCCUCUUGAGAAAGCGUGCUUUUUGGCUUGGGUCAGAAUCCCUCGCGCUGUAUAAUGUUUACGCAGAAUUGACAUUCUUCUCUUUAACGCUACAAGUCGGCGCUGAUUGCGGAAGUGUUUGCAGUUCGUGUGGCAGGAAAAGGUCAGCAAGCUAAAGCUAAUGUGUAACCGGGCCGUAUGAAUGUCUUUUGACAGGAUUCAUUAUUUUAACCUCAACGAUCGAACUGUUGCUUCUUAUCGAUACUGCACGGAAAAGUAUUUUCACGUCGCUUUUAAAGAACAGUAAUAAUAGAACAUUAGGCUAUAUUACUGCAAUGGCCAUGUCGAAAUGCAACCGUUUAUGUGGUUCCUUGACAGGGGAAUUGCUCGAUUCCUUAGAGAACGUUCUUUUCGAUUGCGAUGGGGUCAUUUGGCGAGGAGAUCAAGCUAUCCCCGGAGCCCCAGAUGUCAUUAAUUCGUUAAAGAAAAAUGGAAAGCGAGUCUUUUUCGUAACCAAUAACAGCACUAAAACGAGGAGAAUGUACGCCGAUAAACUGGCUAAAAUGGGAUUCAACGCCACCGAAGAGGAAGUCUUCGGCACAGCAUAUUGUUCAGCAAUCUACCUGAAGUCCACAUGCAAACUGAAGGGUAAAGUGUACCUGAUUGGUAGUAAUGCAAUGAAACAGGAGCUCCUAAAUGUGGGGAUUGAACAAGUAGGCGCAGGUCCAGAUCCAAUUACAGGGGUUCAGAUCGACUGGGCCAAUGUUCCUUUGGAUCCUGAAGUAAAAGCCGUUCUGGUUGGUUUUGAUGAGCACUUCAACUAUAUGAAAUUAAACCGAGCACUUCAGUACCUCAACAACACGGAAUGCCUGCUCGUUGGUACUAACACUGACACUCGGCUGCCAUUGGAAGGAGGCAAAGCCGUCCCAGGGACAGGCUGUCUGCUCAAGGCAGUGGAGACUGCAGCCCAGCGCAAGGCCCAUGUGGUAGGGAAGCCGAGCCAUUUUAUGUUCGACUGUUUGGCCAGCCAGUACGGUUUGGAUCCUGCCAAGACCUUGAUGGUGGGGGACAGACUGGACACUGACAUUCUGAUGGGGUCCAAUUGUGGCCUGAAGACGCUGCUGACCCUCACUGGAGUGUCAACUGUAGCUGAUGCCAUGGAGCACCAGAAGAGUGGCUGCCCAGACCGCCUUGGUAUGGUGCCUGAUUACUUUGUGGAGACCAUUGCUGAGCUCUUGCCAGCAUUGCAGGGGUAGACCAUGACUUGAGAAAAUUUUAUUGGAAGUAUGCACUGAAAGAAAUGGAACAAAUAUAGAAAACUAGAUAUGUCUUUUAAAAUCUGAAUAAGGAUUGCGGUUUUACUUUAAAAUUAAUUUGGUUAGACAAAUAUUGGUUGGAUAAUCUAUCACUCAAGUAACAAAGUGUUUUAGAGCGAACAUGGCACGUAGGUUGAAGGUUACUUUAUUAGAGAGGUAGGGUUUUUAAUAAUAUGUUUCAUGGGGGAUCAUGUGGUGAUUGAAUUUUAUGGAAACACAACAGCUUGCCUGAACGUAAUGAGGAUUGGGGACAGCAGCAAUUGGGUUCGCGACAGCAGUAAUCAGUUGUUUAAAGGGAUAGUUCACUUUCUGUCUUUAUUUCAUAUUAUUUCAGUUCAGUGUAUGUUGUUGAUUGGCCCAGGUGGUUUUUGUGUGCAAUAAAGGACAUUUUAGAUACUUAUGUUUUUGCUAACUAGCCUGAUGGCAAUGACUGGUAUCGGGGCAUUCAGUGGUUCAUGGUCUAAAUCAAGAAAAUACUACAAUACAAGUAACUCCAAAGCAGCUUGUAUUGUGAAUUUGUGUUUCCAGAGGCUGUACAUAUGAACAGGGUUGUAAAAUAAUAGCCUUUAUUCACAAUUAGAAAAGUGGAUAUCAAUGUUUUUAUUGUGCCAGUACUACUGUACUUCCCUGCUCAGUUCUCAAAUGGUGCAAGCUCUUAAAUGAGUCAUGUAGUAAUGUUGAUAGUGGCAGCCAUAACAGUUUGAGUGUAGCAGUCUCAAGUUACAAAUUUGAAAUAAGAUGAAGUACAAUUUCUUGAAGAAUAAUGGGGUAAUAUUUAUAGACAUACAAUCUCCAAAGGUAUAACUUUGCUGUAGAAGAAGUUUGGAGUUUCUUGAAGUGUGUUUUCUUGCUUUAGACCUCAAAUCCUUAAUGCCCCAAUGCCAGCCAUUGUAAAUCCAGCAGGUCAUCAGAAACUUGGAUGAAUAUCUGAAUCAUCUUUCAUUGCAUGCAAAAAAAAUUGUCUGGCCCUAUUAAAGGUGUAUACUAAAACAGAAAUAAUAUUUUAAAAACCCAGAAAGUGAUCCAUUCCUUUUUUCUAGUAUUGUUUAGUGUGACUGUCCUCUCUGUUCAAAAAAGCCUUAAAAGGACAGGGUUGUAGUUUUCCCGUUCUAAGUGGGCCAGUAUUCCCAAUCUGAGUCCUUUUUAAAUUUAUUUUGAUGAAAAAGAUGUUUUGUCUGCAAGGGAAUGUUACCCCUUACAAAUAGCAGUUGUGUCACAAUGGGAAACAUUUUAUGGAAAAACAAUUUUCAUCUCCAUCUCUUGUUUUUUGGUUAUUUAUUAUUAAUGUCUCCACACUUCUGUGGUGUACCGUCAACACACUGUUUUGUAUUGUUUGACAGAAACAAUGCAAGGACAAUAUAAUUCAAUGCACAGAUCUGAAGGGUCUCAUUUUAGGUUCUGUGUGUACAAUUUUACCAAUGCAGACAGAAAGCUUGCUUGUUUUUAACUACCUCCAUUAGUGUUAUGAGUACACAAAAUACAUGCUUGCCCAUUUCUUCACAAAUCUUACAUGGAUAACAUACUCUCAACUUUUGGCUGUGUUAAUGUUGUUUGCAGAUGCAGUGUAUUGGACUGAAUGUGGAUGUAGCAUUUCAAAAAUAUAAUCCUUCUUACCCCUGACACACACACACAAAACGAUGUACCUUGUUCAGAUAUACCAAUUACGGAGCUGGAGCUUACUUGAGGAAAGCUCCAGCUCCGUAAUUGCAUAAGUAUUGAUGUUUAACAUGAAGCCAUUGUGGAGCAAUGUUCAUUUGAGACAUGCAGAUUAGCAUUUUUUUAGAGAAACAAAUAAACAAAUGGUUGUACUUUUCAAUAUGCAAAUUUUAAUGUGUGGCAAUGUAUCAUGGUAUAUUAAUAUUUUCAUGUUUGACUUUUGGCAGGGUACAGAACAGCAAUGACGAUAAAUAAUAAUAAUAAGAACAAUUUAUAUAUGUGUAGCACUUGAUACAAAAAGCAGCCUGUCAUACAAAAUAUAAACUUUAAAUGGUGAUAAUCAAUAUAGCCCCAUAGAGCUGACAGACAGGUGCCUAUAGCCCGUCUUAUCACUGCUAUGCUAAUGACACCUUUUUUCUCCUUUCACCCAUCUAAUACACUGGUCUUAGCACAUAUUUGAUCAAACUUACAAGGAAUUUCAAACCACCCCCUGAAGUGACUUUCAGUCACCUUGGAUGGUGCCACAGUGUUGCCCUCCUUAACUACUAGGGAUCUCAGUGGUACUGGGCAGAAAAUUGUUGCUCUCUGAGAACAUCACAGUGGCCUGUCGGGCAUGCAGAUUCUUCAUGUAAAACAUCAUGAGAAUCCCUCAUUGUCCGCUCCUCCUUGCUGGUCUCCCCGCCUCCCCCAUCAGACCAUUGUGCUUAUCCAGAACACUGCUGCACCCCUGAUCUGCAAGUUCCCAAAUCUCAGCCAUGACACUAGCCUUCUCAGUUCUGUCCAAUUGCUGCUUGCAUGGGCUUGUGUGAAAUUUAAUACUUAAAAAAGAAUUUUAAAAACCAGCCUGGGUGCUUGUUGCAAUGUAGGCUUGCUCUGUUAAAUGACUGUGACAUAAUUAUAUGUAGUGUCCGAUUUAAGUACUCAAAAGAAAAAAGGGAAAGUUCUAUAUUUAAAGUUUGUUGGAACUUUUUAUACUUGUAUUUCUGACUUGGCAACAAAAACAUAGACCUAGGUUACUUCUUGACCAUAAUCCUGUCUGCCUUCAUGACUGUUUAACGUGAAAAAAUCCAUACGUGCAUGUUAUGCAUA